GAGAGACCCCUCUUUCUUUCUUAGCUAUAAACUUUUCUCACUUCACUUGUUCGAUCACUUUCUUUUCACUCUGGCUGUUUUAUCCGACCUCAACGUCACUUUACUCUUUCAAUUGGCUUCUCUCUUUCUAUUUCUUCAUCUUCUUUUCGAUACGCUUUUCUUUAAUCCUAAUACCUCGUUUGUCCUUCAGCUCAUUAGACAGAUAGAUUCACUUGCAGAAACUGACUAACAUAACAUACAUAUAAACAUAAUACAAACAUAUGGGCAAGUUUUGGACCUUGAUUACCCAGCUUCAUUCCAUUGCUGGGCCGGUUUUGACGUUAUUGUACCCUUUGUAUGCUUCGGUGGUAGCAAUAGAGAGCCCCUCCAAGUUGGAUGACGAGCAAUGGCUAGCUUAUUGGAUCAUCUAUUCCUUCCUCACCCUUGCUGAAAUGGUUCUUGAACCCAUUUUAGAGUGGAUUCCAAUUUGGUACGAUGUAAAGCUAUUGAUGGUGGCAUGGUUGGUGUUGCCACAGUUCAAAGGGGCUGCUUAUAUGUAUGAAAGGUUCGUGAGAGAGCAAUUAAGAAAACAUGCAACGGAGAGGGAGCAUCACCAGGUCCACCGCAACCAACAACAAAGCAAAAAGCCUCCCAACGGGGGCAAGACCAAGAAGAAGUUCGUGGAGUUCAUCACACCCAAGAAAGGGGAUCAGGAGGCGUAUUGAGUUCUUUUAACUGCCCUCUGAAUCAGCUUCACUUUUAAUUUGGUUUAUUGGUUUUAAUUAAUGUUUUGUGUAUGUGUAUAUAUGUAUCUA